GAAAGGAUCAUUAUGCCACGGGGAAAGUUCGUGAACUACAAGGGUCGCACUCGCCAGUUCACUUCUCCCGAGGAACUGCAGCAGGAGUCCGAGGACGAUAGCGACCAGGCCAGCGGCUCAGGGUCAGAGGGCGAAGAUGGAAAAGCAACCCUUGGCGGAGCCAGUUCAUCCUCCUCCAUAGCAAAGAACCGCACCUGGCAAAAAGCGACUCGCCAUCAGAAGCUCACAUCAGCUGCGGGCGCGGGAGCGUCCAGUUCUUCCGAGGAUUGCGAACCGGAAUGUCGUGAUGCCAAAAAGGGCGUGGCCUCACUCAUCGAAAUCGACAAUCCCAACCGCGUGGCCAAGAGGGGUCCCCAAAAGGUGUCAACUAUUAUGCCCGAUCACGCCAAUCCGGGCCUAUCCCGCCACGGCCGAGAUCAGCCCAAGGAGCAGAGUGGGCGCCAGCGCUAUGAGAAGCUCCAGUCCGCUGGCAAGACCACCGAGGCUAGGGCCGACUUGGCCAGGCUGGCUCUCAUCCGGAAGCAGCGCGAGGAAACCGCCGCCAGGCGGGAGGCGGAGAAGAAGGCCGCCGUUGCGGUCACCAAGAAGCCGUUUGCCAAGUAGAGGAUCCAUUCUGUUAAAUGCAUACCCCUCCACAAACGGGCUUGAAUAAGACACUUGGUAACACUUGAAACUACAGCAAGAAUCAUUUUAGGGGAGCGGUUGAAAUUAUUUCAGAAUAAAUUACCCUU